AUGUCUCCGAAUGAAAGGCUAUUUAUACUAGAGCUGUUUGGUGACGUCUGUGAAAGAAUUGGUUACUAUCUCUUGAAAAACAAGGACACAAGCUUAAUAUCAAUAUAUAAAGGGAUCAACAGCAGCCGAAAAGAUGCAGUAAAGGGCCUUUCUUUAUUGAUACACUUUGGCAUUGUAGGAUUUACAAACUACAGCGGAAGAGGCGUUCGGUAUUUUAUAAAGCAGGGACACUCCAGCCUUAUCAACUAUCCAGUGUAUAUUAGCUACUGCGAGACUUUGUACGGGCCCCAGGGCAGCCAAAUAGUAAUGGAGGUGCUUCUCAGAAGAAAAAUAGGAAUGAGCUCAAUUCCAGAAGAGCUGCUUGAGUGUGCAAAGAAAAUGCUUCGAGAGGGAAUUCUGGCAGAAGAGUCCGCGCAGGGGGUCAAAAGAGUGAAGGAGGACACAGAAAGAUAUCUUCUUUUUUCAAAAAGCGCAGUUGAUUCUAAAUUGCUUACCAUGUUCUUUUAUAACGAUAUUUUAAGCCAUUUUUCGGAAAAUACAAAGAGAGUGUUUUCUGCAGUGAGAAGCUUCUAUCCAGCGCCAUCCCCUCUAAAUCGCAUUUUGGAAAGAUGUGCAGAGUUUCAUGUUGAGCCAGAGGCUCUUAGCAGCACAAAAACUCUGAGUAUGAGCGAAACUGUUCAGAAGCACAUAAAGUAUCUUAUUGGGUAUGGUGCAAUAUCGGGGGGAUACGAAAUGUAUCAGGUUAACCACGAAUCAUAUCUGGAUAAGAUUAAAAAGAACGUUCUUCUUGAGUACUGUGACAUGUACAUAGGCUCCAUUGCAUCCACGGUGUUUUCUAUGCUAUUGAACAAAGGAUAUGUUGAAGAUAAGUUCAUACAGAAGCAUCUUUUGCUAGAGCCGCAGAAAUGCAAAAAUAUUCUUUUUCUUCUCCUAUCCGAACGAUUUGUCUCUUUGCAGAUGAUUCCAAGAACUGCAGACUGUGCUCCCUCCAAGAGCUUUCAUUUGUGGUCUGCAAAUCCAAGAAAGGUAUUUGCUGUUCUUGAGCAAAAAGUGCACAGCAAGCUAAAUGAAAAUUAUAUUGAGCUAUUUUGUCUACAGAAGAACAAACUAUUUAUUACGCCUGGAGAAUAUAAACACAAAACAGACCAGAUCUUUAAUUUACUUGAGAAGUUACACACCUUCUGUUUUAUAUUGUCUUUAUAG